CGGUAUCAUGGCCCUGUUGGGUGGUUCGUCGGUGGUAUUCGAAGCGGACGGUGGAUGUGUGCAGUAUACGCUGACCAACAGCGGAAUGACUGACUUAGUCUACAAGAUCAAAAGCACCAAUAACAAAGAUUAUCGAUUCAAGGAGGUUUACGCGUUCAUUAAGGCUGGUGCGAAGCUAAACGUCGAAAUCACGCGUACUAAGGCACAGCCCAAAAGCGACAAAUUUAUCGUGCAGUAUGCUCCAAAACCAGUUGAUUGCAAGGAUCCACAAGCGGCAUGGAAAGGCCUGACCGCUAUUGGAGAAAUUGCAGUGGGCAUACACGCUCUUCGUUAAAUUGUAAUAAAGUU